GAUCCUCCGGCCACACACGGACUUUUAGAUUCAAGGAAGAUUAUCAAUUUAUUCAGCGAACAUUCAGUCAUCUGAGUCUCAAGGAGCCCUUCCUGUAAAACUUGCGGCCAUAGGCCAAUUCUCAGUCACACAACGAGUGACAGCUUUUGUCAAAUUGACUCGGAAAAGAGCCAGUUCAGAUUCUGAGAUGUCCGUAUCUUCAGCAGCGGCGCCGUCGGCGCCAACGGCAACCACUGCCGAAGCCGCCACACCGACAGCAGAAACGCCGACUACAACACCAUCUGAAACGUCUACUACAUCCGAGCCAACAACGUCCUCUUCUACAACAUCUUCUUUCUCUUCGUCGUCGACCUCCACAUCAUCGACCUCGUCGUCAACGACUUCUACAACUACCGCGACGCCGCCACCGACAUCUAGCACUACCAGUAUCCCUUCUACGAGCUCAGAAACCUCGACCACAAGCAGCGACACGAAUACCACCCCAGUUGUUACAUCAAUCAUCACGAAGUCGGCGACUGAUGGUACCACAGGGCCACAGACUGUUAUUGUUACCUCCACGGAUACCUCUCUGCCCACUCACUCCACAGGGAAUUCAGCCAAUAGCAUAUCCGCUACCGCAACUGGAUCAUCGGCGACAACAUCGGCUACAAGCGGAAGCGGAAGCGGUGGCUCUGGGCUUUCGGCUGGCGGAACAAUAGCAGUUGCAGUGGUUGUACCGGUCGCCUCCGUAGCAAUCAUUAUCUUAGCUGCUUUGUAUUUCUGGCGGAAAUGGAAAGCAAAGAAAGCAGCAGAAGAGGAACGAAGGAAGGAGGUAGAGGAGUACGGUUUCAAUCCGAAUAAUGACCCAACUCUUCCACCUAUCAUGGGAGGCGGUGCUUUCGAGCCCAAGGAUGAUACCUCGGGUUAUCGAGGAUGGGGGACCACGUCGGCUGGUCGCAAAGCUUCCACUAAUUUGUCCAGUGGUGCUGGGGUUGGACUAGCAAUGUCCGAGGCAGGAAGUGCCCCUGGCUAUCAUCAUGUCACUACCCCAAGCGAUGGUACUAUUCAAUAUUCUGAGGGUCCGGCAGCGGGUGAGACAGAUCCUAUUGGCGUUCUAGGAGCUGCGCCGAGUGCUGCAGCAAACAACAGAACCACAGAUAUACAUCGUGGUCCAUCUAACGCUUCGUCCGCAUAUUCUGCAGCCAACCGCUCGGAGGCUUCAGAUGAAAGUCAUAUGUCUGCUACACAUCCUACCGGUCCUUUUUACGAUGAUAACCCGUACUACAAUGAGAUGCAACCGCAGUACGGGGCAUAUGGUGAUGGCCCCUAUGGUGGAAGUCCACCUGUGAUUCGAGACGUUCAGGCACGGCGCAAUACUCGCAUCGAGAACCCUGCUGUCUUUCCCAGACAAGGAAAUGCUGGAAUCGCUCAAAAUUUCUGAGAAAAGCCCUCCAUACGCCCUAACCUUACUAUACACUCACUUGUUGAUGGCGUUUCCGAAACCGGUAGAUUUGAUAAGGAG